AUGCCGCCUCCACCGCAUAUCAAACCCGAAAAUGUCCUGAAGAGGGCUCAGGAACUUAUCGCCGUGGGCCAGGCUCCGGCCGCCCUUAACGUCCUCCACGAACAUGUCACCUCGAAACGGACGCGCAGCAGCCCGAUCGCUUCCCUCGAACCGGUUAUGCUUUUGUUUGUCGAGCUCUCCGUCGAACUCCGCAAAGGCAAGGCUGCCAAGGAUGGCCUGUACCAGUACAAGAACAUCGCCCAGAACACCAACGUUGGAACCAUCGAGGUCGUUCUGAAGAAGUUCAUCGAACUCGCGGAGAAGAAAGUGACGGAAGCACAAGCCAAGGCGGACGAGAUUCAAUCGUCCUUAGAGUCCGCCGCUCCCUCAUCAAAUGUUGACGAUCUCGAGGCCAUCGAGACCCCCGAGACCAUUCUCCUCGCUACCGUCUCUGGCGAACAGUCCCGCGACCGAACCGACCGUGCAGUUGUUACCCCGUGGCUCAAGUUCUUGUGGGAAACCUACCGUACAGUGCUCGAGAUCUUGAAGAACAAUGCCCGCCUGGAAGUCAUGUACCAGACAACUGCCCUGCAGGCCUUCCAGUUUUGCCUAAAGUACACCCGCAAGACUGAGUUCCGCAGACUCUGCGAACUUCUCCGCAACCAUGUUCAGAACGCCGCCAAGUAUUCCGCCCAGAUGCACGCGAUCAACCUUAGCGAUCCGGACACCCUUCAGCGCCACUUGGACACCCGUUUCCAGCAGCUGAACGUUGCCGUGGAACUUGAACUCUGGCAGGAGGCCUUCCGCAGCAUUGAAGAUAUUCACACUCUUCUCAGCCUCAGCAAGCGCCCUGCGAAGAACGUCAUGAUGGCCAACUACUAUGAGAAGCUGGCCCGUAUCUUCCUUGUCAGCGAGAACUACCUCUUCCACGCUGCGGCUUGGAGCCGUUACUACAACUUGCUUCGCCAGUCCGCUGUCACCCUUGCCGCCAACCAGGGCAACAAGAAGGAACACCCGUCAGUUACCGAGGCUGAGAUGACCAAGACCGCCUCCUUUGUGCUUCUUUCUGCUCUCUCCAUUCCUGUGAUCAGCACUUCUCGCUCCCGUGGCGCUUUGAUCGAUGUCGAUGAGGUCCGCAAGAACAAGAACACCCGCCUUACCAAUUUGCUUGGUAUGGCCCAGGGUCCCACUCGUGCUGUUUUGUUCCGUGAUGCUCUCAACAAGGGUCUCCUCAAGCGUGCUCGCCCUGAAAUUCGCGACCUCUACAACAUUCUCGAAGUUGACUUCCACCCUCUGUCCAUCUGCAAGAAGGUCACUCCCAUUCUCAUGCAGAUUGGUGCCGACCCCGACAUGGAGAAGUACGUCGUGCCUCUCCAGCAGGUCAUUCUCACCCGUCUUUUCCAGCAGCUCUCGCAGGUUUACGAGUCUGUUGAGCUCAAAUUCGUGUACGAGCUGGCUCAGUUCCCCGAUCCUUUCCAGAUCACCCCUGCCAUGAUCGAAAAGUUCAUCAUGAACGGCUGCAAGAAGGGUGACCUUGCCAUCCGUGUGGACCACAUCUCUGGUGUUCUCACAUUCGACACCGAUGUGUUCUCCUCUGCCAAGGCUCUUCACUCCGGAAGCGCUGCUGGUUCUGCGGAGACCGAGCUGGGCUCCGUGCAGCGUCUGCAAAACACCCCUGCUGAGAUCGCCCGUCUGCAGCUCACCCGCCUGGCCAAGACUCUGCACAUCUCAUGCAUGUAUGUCGACCCUUCAUACGCAGAGGCCCGUCUCCAGGCCAAGCAGACUGCUCUCGCACGCGCCGAGGCCGGUGCUGCCAAGGAGCACGAGGAGACUCUCGAGCGCCGCGUCGUCAUCGAGAAGAAGAAGGAAGCUGCCACAGACGCUCUCCAGCGCAAGCAGCGCGAGGAGGAAACCCGGAAGCGUCUCCGCACCCAGCAGAUCCAGGAGGCUGAGAAGCAGCGUCUUGCUGAGGAGCAGCGCGAGCGUGAGAAGAAGCGCAUCAAGGACGAGCAGGAGAAGAUCCGCCAGGCAGAGCUUAAGAAGCAGAUUGAAGAACUGAAGAGUGGUGUCAAGGGUAUUGAUAUUAGCGAGAUUGACCUCGAGGAUCUCGAUGCCAACCGCCUCCGUGCUAUGAAGCUCGCCCAGUUGGAGAAGGAGAAGAACGAACUCAAUGACCGCAUUCGCACCACUGGCAAGCGCAUCGACCACUUGGAGCGUGCCUUCCGCCGGGAGGAAUUGAAACACGUUCCGGAAGACUACGAGGCCCAGAAGAAGCGUGAUAUGGAACUGUACGAGCGCCAAAAGGCCGAGACUCUUGCUGAAGCCGAGCUCAAGCACAAGGAAGCUGUUGCUCUCAAGCAUCGCCUUAGCCGUCUGGUUCCCCAGUUCAGCAACUUCCGCAAGGAUGUCUCAGAGAAGCGUCACGAGGAAUUUGAGAAGCGCCGCAAGGCCGCCGAGAGAGACUUCGAGGCCAAGAAGAAGCAGCGCAUCAAGGAAGUACAGGAACGCCGUCGCCGUGAGAGAAUUGAGCGCGAGAACGCCGAGCGUGCCCGCAGGGAGGAAGAGGAACGCGCUGCUCGCGAGGAGGAAGAGAGAGUCGCCAGAGAGGAGGAACGCCGCCGCGCCCUCGCCGAGGAGAAGGCUAAGCGCGAGGAGGAGAGGAAGAAACUCGACGAGAUGGCUGCCAAGCAGAAGCAGCGCGAAGAAGAAGCCGAGGCCCGCCGCCUCGCCAAACGAACAGGCGCCCCAGAACCCGCUCCUCGCGCUUCAGAGCCUGAACGUACCGCUCCCCGUCUCAACCUUGCUCCUCGCACUGGUGGUGGUGCUUCUAGCUGGAGAGAGCGUGCAGCUGCCAAAGAAGCUGCCGCUGCCUCUGGCGCUCCCGUCCCCACCCCCGCCGCCCCCGAAGCUUCCGCUCCCCCCGCAGCUGCUGCUCCAAGAGAAGAACCCCAGCCUCUGCGCAAGACCGGCGGCUACGUCCCCCCUCAUAUGCGUGGCUCCUCCGGUGCUGCCCCUGCUGCGCCUCCUGCCGACCGCUACGUUCCCCCCUCGCGCUCCUCCCAACCCCCCUCUCGCACAGAAACUCCGCAGUCCUCGUCCGACAAGCCUGAAGAACCCAAGAGCAGCGGCGGCAAGUGGGUACCCAGAUGGAGGCAACAGCAGCAGUAA